GUGGAUCACGCAUGCAGGAGAAUGUGCGUGUCUGGAUGGUGGGGGUGGAUUCUAGUUGGAUGACCUCAUCCAGUCACCCACCCCUGGGAGAAAGCCAACUCUCAAGCGUCAUAAAGAGAGAAAAGAAGAGCAUUUACGCUCCUUUAACAGACUCGGAUAGCCCUGACCCAGUGUAGCAUACAAUCCAAUUUAGCAGCGUGGACAAAUGUCACAUGUGUGAGAGGAUGACACACUCUGAGAGCGAAGGGGGAUCCAACAAAGGGAAUGAAACUCACAAAUGCUCUUUAUUCCUUAUCAGAGUGGACAAGCCUGAGCGCUUUUCUCUGUCAGGAGAGGAGAGUCCAAAAGGAGGCUGGAUGUGAUGCUGGAGCGCACAAAAAGAGAGAAACGUCUAUAAAACAUACAUAAGCCAAAAUAUCCCCUAUGAUGUCAUUGGUAUCUAUAAUGUAUUAUUCUUGAGUCAUAUCUGGGAUUCCUGAAUUCCUGUUUUCGUGCGUCUUUUACGCGCCUCGGAGCGGAUGUUGUUCUUGUUGCGUCCCGCGACGCGCAGACACCAGCGGUGAUUGGAAAGCGGAGCAGAAGGGUUCUCCUCCGGGAGCAGAGCACCUCCCCUUUAACCGCUCGGCUGAGUUUUCCUGCUGUCUCUCCGCGUUCAGUCGCGGCGCUCCGCGUCUGGAGGAACUUCCACGCGCCGCCGCCGCGUCCUCUGUUGUUUCUCUGCCGCCUCACGGUUCAGGAUUACGAUAAAAAAGAAGAGUUGAACAUUUGGUGGCUUCUUGUUGGUGGUCAGCGACAUGAACAAACGCGGAACGGAGCAUCUGAAGUGGCUGAAGUGAGACGCGCUUCUUCUUCUUCUUCAUCCUCCUCCUCCUUGUUCCUCCACCAUGGCAAAGUGGCUGAAGGACUACCUGAGCUUUGGCAGAAAGGUGCCCCCACAGCCACCCACACCUGACUACACAGAGAGCGAGAUCCUGAAAGCGUAUCGACUCCAGAGGGACCUCGACUUCGAAGAUCCCUAUGAGGAUUCGGAGAGCAGACCCAAAGGGGAGUCUGGGAAUUCCGAGCCUGCCACACCGGUCUACGGCUCCCCAAAGAAGUCAGCCAGUGUGGACGUGAAGUCACCAAAACACAGACUGAUCAAAGUAGACUCCCAAGAACUGGGGCGCACCAAGAUCUUCUUAAGUGCCAUUUCUUUGGAGGACCAGCAAGAACCCGUGGUGCCGUCAGCGCCACUGGCAGGAGAGACGGAUUACUCCGACCCUUUUGAUGCUCGACUGCAGCACCGACAGGACCCGGACCGCGGACCCGCUCCGGCUGAGAAUAACGGCUACAUGGAACCGUAUGAAGCCCAGAGGGUCAUCGCAGAGCUGCAGCGCGGCCAGGGAGGACGGAUGCGGGGGGGAGUGCAGCUCUACGAUACUCCUUACGAAGACAAGCGUGGGAAGCGUCUGGGUUGUUUGUAUGCGGAGCUUCAGGAGGACACCAAGGAGAGCAGCCGGCUGCCGCAGGACGACGAGAGGCCGGCGGACGAGUACGACCAGCCCUGGGAGUGGAAGAAGGACCACAUCUCCAAAGCUUUUGCAGACAUGAGGGAGUUGUCGGAGUUGCCCUGGCCUGCCCCGGUGGGUCAGCUGGAGGAGGAGUCCUUCAUCAGAGAGCAAGUGCAAUUUGACGGUGCAGAGUGGGACCGUUCCUCGUCACCCACAGUGUGUCCUGCUGGGUCCCGGUCCAGCCCGCUGGCAGGAGGGGGUGGGAAAUUCCGAAUGACGCAUGACGGCCACACAAUGGUGGGGGAAAGAGUGGACCCGACUCUGCCGCUGGAGAAGCAGGUAUGGUACCACGGCUCACUCUCCCGCUCAGAAGCAGAGUCGCUGCUGACGUUGUGUAAGGAGUGCAGCUACCUGGUGAGGAACAGCGAGACCAACCGCUCUGAUUACUCCCUGUCCUUACGAAGCUGCCAGGGCUUCAUGCACAUGAAGUUCACCAAGUGCAAAGACGGCAAGUUCGUGCUGGGUCAGAACAGCCCGCCUUUCGACACCAUCCCGGAGCUGAUCCACUUUUACACCACGCACAAGCUGCCGAUCCGCGGCGCCGAGCACCUGUCCCUGCUGUUCCCCGUGCUGGUGCAGACUCUCUGACCGGACCGGACCGGACUGGACCUGCAGCGUCUUCUGCAGCCUGCAGGAUUUAAGGAACUGCACCAUCCCAGAUCCUCUCUCUGAUGUUUAACUGCAGUUCUGUUCAGUCUGGGCUACAUUAGGCGGACAUCCAUUCAUCUGUAACGGAGGAUCUGACCCUCAGGCCCAGUUACCAUCAUGAAACAAGCGGGUCCAACUCUCUCACACUUUCCUUUUCCUGGAAAGCAGCUGGAAACCAACUCUCUGAAUGUAUGGAUGCUACAGUUUACAAAGAGAAGAAACAGAAAAUCAAAUCCAGUUAUGGAGAAAAAAAGUCCUAUUUUGCAGAUUUUUAAGGCCGAAAUGAAAUUACCAAAAAAAAAAAAGCAGAAAGUGUCAGGUAGAUAAUAAAUCCUGUUCGUACUUUAUCUUUGGAAAUCCUUUUGUAAAAAAAUUAAAUUAAUCAGAAAGAAAAGACACCAAUAGGAGUUUUAACCCUUUUUAUACUGAACCAAAACUGCUUUUUUUCUUUAUUUUUUUUGUUAGUUAAAAUCCGAAUUGUGUUGUCUUUGCCUUUGUGUUUGUUAUUAACACUGUUUUGUUGUUUUGUUCGGCUGUUUUAGGUGUAGGCUGUCUGUGCAUGAAGCAAAGAAACUUUCAGACCAGCAAACUGGAUCGACGUUCACUCUGUCAAACCUUCACGACUCUGAAAAAUGCUCUUUAGAGGUUGCAGUAUUUUUAAUAAAAAAACACACAACUGAUGAUCGCUUGAAAUAACAAACGGGAAGCAACUUUAAAUUAUUGUUUCUUAAACCAAAUGUGUUAAAAAUAAACGAUGUUCGUCCAAACAGCAUUGCUUUGUUUGAUAUUAGAAGUUUCUCUUUUAACUUCUUUAAAGCCUUUUUUUUUUAAAUGAUGAAAUAAAUACAGAAAACAUGAUUUUUAUAAAUUUCUUUAUUUUUCAUUUGGUGUUUAUGAAGGAUUCCUGAGAGCUUUUGUCUCGUUUUUUGAUGAAUGAGUCCUCCGUGUCCAUGGAGACCGGCCUCAAACCGUCUCCGCUGAAGAGUCUGUCUGGAGAUUCAAGGCCAGAUUAACCUGUGUUGUCCCGGUGAUAAUCUUCAGACGUCGCCAUUCUGGAGAAAAGUGUCCAGCCGAACAGAAAAGCUCGACUUGGAGAACAGGCUCGGCGCCUGGCAGGAGUUUGAACCUGAAACGCAUCCAGAAAACCCAAUUCUCUUGAGAGUUCUGCAGAAGCUUCUGUCACAGAAUCUUAAUUUCCUGAAACCAAUUUUAUUUUUUCUUCCAAAUAUUCAAAGGGUUUAUUGUGUAUUUAUGUCUCAGAAUAACGUUCAGUGAGCAGUGGCGGUCCUAGCAGUUUGGGGGCCCCAGGCGAACAACAAAACGGGGCCCUCUUGUUUUUCCUUACGGAGGGUAAACAUGUCAAAUAACUUUGUCACUGGUCCACUUUUAGACAACAUUAAUGUCAAGAAUCUAAAUCUUUUGAGAAAAAAAAGUAUUUUAUAGAUUUUAUUUAAAAAAAAAAAAAAA